UGAUGUAUGUUCUUUUCAGCUACUUUCAGCCAUGACAGUUGGGAUAGAAGUGCUAAAAGGCAUAAAAUUCUUGCGCAAAAAUGGGAAAAGCCUGUUGAAUCUUGGACUUUCAGGGAGUGUUGUGGCAAUAAACGCAAAAAUCAAAUCAGAAUUCUUCGACUGCCCUGUGGAAAAUCAUCAACUGUACGGGUACUUAUACCUUAUUGCUCCCUGUAUCAUACUCUAUAUGAUAAACCUACUGGUCGUGGCGAAUAAGCUAAAUCCGCAUGGCUUCCUGCAAACUAUAAAGGAAAAGCUGCAAAAGGAAACGAAAUGCGCUGUAUUCAGCAAUACGAUUCUCCCCAGCGUUUCGAGGGCGUUCGCUGCACCUCUGGCCUGGCUGACAGUAUCGUUUGCCCAAGCGGACUACUACAUCUGCGCAACAGUCGGGCCUGGUCCUGAGAAGCGCCAGGAUUUGAAUGAAGAUGAAGGACAAGAAUUAGCCGAGAUGAUCGCUAGAAGCAAAACCGAAUCACAGAUCACCGCAUGGUUUCUGCUCGGUUUGGUGAUUUUGUGGACAUUCAAAGUAAAAGCUUUGAAGACCAAGAAUGAAGAUGAAGACGAAGAUACCGAAGAAAAGGCAGAAGAUAAAGAACCACUCAUAAGAGGAGGUCGAUCAUCUCUAGCCGAAGAAAAUGAAUAG